AUGAAACAAAACGAGCAACAAUAUUACGGUAAUGAAACAAAUAUGGAAGAAAAAAGACAAAUUGAAAAUACAACGAUAGUAAAUGAUAAGCAACAUGUGAUCAUUGGAAAUAUGAAUAGUAAAAAUGAAAUAACUAUUGCUGAUUGUUUGAUAACAAAUUUCAAAAGUAACAUAUUUCUAAUGGUAUGCAAAUUUAGCAAAAAACAAAAGAUGCUAUCAUGGUUUGUAAAGCAGAAAAUAUUUUUUGGAAUGAUUUGUGACACCAAAUCAGGAAUUAGCAUUUUUCUCAUUGGUCUACUAUUUGCAAUACUUAGUGGUUGUAGUAUUUCAUUUGUGGUAGUAUUCCUUGGCCGGAUCAAGCAUAUUCUUUUAACAAAUGAACCAACAACUGAUUCUUUUCUUAAUGGAAUUUCUAAACAAAUAAUUAUCCUUGCAUUUGUCAUUGUUUUAGCAAUUGUCACCCAUUUUGUUAUGGUAAUUCUUAUUUCACUUCAACAACAUACCUUAUCGUAA